GUGGUCUUCAGAUCAGCAAACUCGGUCUCAAAAAGAAAAUACUCGUCCUAUAAUAUCGCAAACAUGGCAUCGACUACCACCACCAAGACCAAGGCCGUGGAGGAACCCGUACGUGCCCGUCCCAACCCGAGAACUUUGGCCGAUAUGGCAGAUACCAUCGACCAAUCCACAUUCGAACAGAUUCUGGAGAUGGACGACGAAGGCGAAAAUGAUUUCAGCAAGGGUAUUGUGUAUGGUUUCUUUGACCAGGCAGAGGUCACUUUCAAGAAGAUGGAAACAGCCAUAAAGGAAGAGAGCCUCGUCGAGCUCUCCUCAUUGGGUCACUUUCUCAAAGGUUCGUCAGCCACCAUCGGCCUCACUAAAGUUAAGGAUGCGUGUGAGAAGAUCCAGAACUAUGGGGCAAAGAAGGAUGAGACUGGCAGCAACGAUCAGCCUGAUGAGAAGGUCGCCCUACAGAGUAUUGAAAAGACCUUGACCACUCUCAAGAAGGACUACAAGGAGGCGGAGAACUUCCUGAGGGAGUACUUUGGUGAAUCGGAACCGGCCUCAUCCUAAGGCCAGGAAUGGGCGCGUAUGGACACGGUAGAGGGCGAUUCAUACUGUCUGUUAACUGGAUACCACGAGAGGGUGACGCCACACCCACAUACACGCAUUUGCCUUUCCCUCCCCCCCCUCCCCCCCAUCAACGAGACAAUGAAAUUUCGAACCACGAGAGAAAUGUUCUCAGAAAGCAAGAGCCAGGAAUCGACAGGACGGAUUUGAAGACUGCCGCUACUUAAGAGUUUACCAUGAUACUGCGGUAGAUGAUAUUGCCUUGUCUUUCCUUUUCGUCUGUGUCAGGCCGCCUAUGAAUGGCGAUAGUCUCAUGCACCUUGCCUU